AACGGAAGAGAUGAAAAAAUUUCGUCUGCAACCAAAUCAUCAGUCCGUGUAGGAGCCACAACCCAUCGCCCCUAACCACCAUGGAAAUUGCAACAAACAUCUCUCCGCGGCGGUUCCGACUUGAAGCGAUCCUCAAACCUUAUGGCAAAGUAUUACAAGCGGAGUAGAAGACUUUUCGCGAUCCGAAGUGGAUUUAACGUCAGCCUACUCUUCGCUCCUCUAGUCCAUUCAUUGGUGUCCUUCACGUCGUUUCGAUUCGCAGCGAACGGGGUCUGUAUAUCCCCCGCCAGGUUUGUUGAUGUCGAUCGACCACAAACCUUUACAAUGAAAAACGUUCCAGGGGAAGGUGAUUGCAUGUUUCUUGCCGUAGCUUUAGCAACGCUGGCGUCAAUGGGUUUAGGUGGCAACGAUGCCCUACUGCGUGCGAUUUCACAUGAAACCAGAGAAGCUGUUGCCUCUACUCUGGAACAGCCGGGAAUCCUAAUAAUUGAAGGAACUCGAACUGUGUCAACAGAGAGCUUACUAAAAUCAGCUGCACGACAGGAAAAUUUGUCAACCGAGGAGUACUUAAGGCUACUUCGCGUUGAGGGUGUUGACGGAGGAUUGUACGGAGGAGGCCCUGAGUUGACUGUGCUUUGCAACAUCCUUCGACGCCCAAUAAGUAUCUAUGAACUAGAUGAGCAGCAAGUGGGGACAAAUAUCGAUAUCCAACCCAUCAAAUGUAAAGGGGUUUUUGGUUUGGAGACAUUCCAGGACCCAUUGUUCGACAUUCCGAAUUCUGCCAUUCUUCUUUCCAAAUCCCUCCCCGGGGCGUACAGCUGGCAUUUACACAUUCUUGUGCUUGAUGUUUCGCCAACGGAGAAACACGCGUGUGUGCUUCUUCCACUUGGGGAAAAGUAG